CUGAGUUACAAUCAUUUGUCAUCAAAUUUGAAACAAUGCUUUUCUUACUGUACUCUAUUUCCCAGGGGUUGGGAUAUUGAAAGAGAAGCCUUAAUACAGCUGUGGAUGGCAGAAGGCUUCCUUGUAGCACCUAGCAGAGAAACUCCCUUGGAAGAUAUCGGAAACGAAUAUUUUAACGAUUUGUUGUCUCAUUCGUUGUUCCAGAAUGUGGAAAAGGAUGAGUUUGCUUAAAUUGACAAGUGCAGGAUGCAUGAUCUUGUGUAUUAUCUUUCCCGUACUGUUGUUUGUGAAAAUGAGUACUCAGUAUUGAGACCUGACGAGGAAGCCAAAAUUUCUGCAGCGCGGCGUUUGCGUUUGGAGUUUGGAGAAGAUAAAGAAAAAGAGUUUCCAGCAGCAGCGAGUAAUGCAGGUAAGCUCCGAACUUUUGUUGCCACGGAAAUGGGAGAUUGUAAGAAUAUCGAGAGCUUAUUUACUAAUAGGAAUUUGCGCGUGUUAUAUCUGAGUGGUUCAACGAUUCAGAGCUUACCUGCUUCCAUUUCAAAAUUGAGACUUCUAAGAUAUCUGAACCUAUCGAGAUGUCAGAAACUUGAUGCAUUACAUGAUGGAUUGAUCAAUAGUCUGUAUAAGCUGCAGACAUUAAUAUUACAUGAUUGCAGUUCUCUUUCUGAACUUCCUGAAGACCUUGGAUUGAUGAAAAACUUAAGGCACCUGGAUGUUUCGAAUGGGUUUUCUUCUGAUGAUUUCUCUCUCUCACCCCGAUGUGGAAGAAGGGAAAUGUUUGAUUGGAGCGGGGUUUCUGCUUUCACAAUUCCUGGGUUUCUAGAGAAUGUCAGGAUUAUGGAGUACCAUUCUUUGAUUCAUCCACAAAUGAGAACUUCUUUGGUUGAUCAGAAAUGUCAAGUUUCUCUCUCUGACUCAGGGAAAUUCAGUUUUGGACUCCAUGUUCGGUGUAGUGCUUCUAAAAACGCCUCAAUGCAACUUCCCCAUCAACAAAAUUAUUGGGCUCAGUUUUUCAACGGAAAAAGCUGCGGGGAUGGAAAUAUAUUAAAGAACUUGACUUGGAGACGACUAAAUAAAAAGUCUUCUCUCUUUCUCUUCAUAUUCAUUCCUACAUCUUCAUCAUAUCAUUAUCACCCAAAGCAAAACCCAAUCAUAUAUUCAAUCUCUCUAGCUAGAUACUCCAAAUUUCAGCUGGUUGUUAUAUUUCCAUACCCACUUAACGGCAUCGAAAUGGCUGAAGCGAUUCUUGUUAGUGGAGCCACGGAGAUAUUGAAAGGGUUGACUGCUGUUAUUGCUAAUGAGAUUGCUUUGGUUUGGGCUGUUAAAGACGACCUCGAAAAGCUGAGAAGCACUUUGGAGAUGAUUGCUGCUGUAACAUCGGAUGCUGAAAAUUGCCAAGUAACCGAGAAGGCUGUCGGAAUCUGGCUGACAAAGCUUAAAGAUGCUGCUUAUGAUGCUGAUGAUGUACUGGAUGCCUUCUCAUAUGAAGUCAUGCGGCGGAAGGUACAGGACAGUCUGCUAUUCAAGGUAAAGGCUUUCUUUACAUCUUCCAAUCACAUUAUUUUUAAGACAAAAAUGGCUCAUAGGAUUAAAGAUAUAAAUGGAAGUUUGGAUUUAAUUGCUAAAGACAAGGUGUUUUUAACCUUAAAUAGUAACAAGAGUAGUGGUGGCGGUGGUAGUAGAUUUGGCCGUACCCCUACUGCUAUUGUUCGUAGUAAUCGACGAGCCCCAGCCGCUAUAACUGAUUUAGAAAAGAUCAUUGGCAGGGAAAAUGAUAAAAAGAAAUUAGUAGAUUUGUUGAUUGAGUCUUCAUCCAGCGAAACUGAACAUGAAAAAAUAUCAGUCAUACCAAUUGUGGGUAUGGCGGGGCUAGGGAAAACAACACUAGCUGAAUUAGUCUCCCGCGAUGAAUCAGUAAAGAAACACUUCGAUCUCAACAUAUGGAUUUCUGUGUCUGAUGAGUUCGAUUUGAGCAACAUCUUAAUAAAUAUCUUAGAAUCCAUUGAUAGCACUAAGUACGAUAAUGGUUCAAACCCUGAUGUAAGGGUGAGGCAUCUUCAAGGUAAGUUGAAAGAGAAAAAGUAUUUGCUAGUGCUAGAUGACUUGUGGUUUGAGGAGUACGAGAAAUGGGAAAAACUGAUAAAUUGUCUGCCAAAUGGUGCUGAUGGCAGUAAGAUACUGGUUACUACACGUAAAAAUCAUGUGGCAGAUAUCGUCAAAGGUAACAUCCCGUCGCACCAUCUGGAACCUUUAUCAGUAGAUCAGUGUUGGUCAAUCAUUGAGCAAAGAGCAUUUUCUCCUGGUGGAGCACAGAGAACCGCAGGGAUGGUGAGGAUUGGAAGGGAAAUAGCGAAAAAAUGUUGCGGUUUACCACUUGCGGCGGAAAUAUUAGGAAAUAUGAUGCACAUGAAAAAGAGAGAUGAUGAGUGGAAUUUAAUCUGGGACAUGGAAAUUAUGGAAAAUGAGGAUUUCUAUAACAAAAUAGGACCAAUAAUAAAGCUGAGUUACAAUCAUUUGUCAUCAAAUUUGAAACAAUGCUUUUCUUACUGUUCUCUGUUCCCCAGGGGUUGGGAGAUUGAUAGAGAAGCAUUAAUCCAACUAUGGAUGGCAGAGGGCUUUCUUGUUCCAACUGGGAAUGCUGUUAGAGAAACCAUGGAAGAUAUUGGAAACAAAUAUUUUAACGAGUUGCUGUCUCAUUCGUUAUUCCAAAAUUUAGAAAAGGAUGAGUUUGCUGAAAUUAGUAAGUGCAAGAUGCAUGAUCUUGUGUAUUAUCUUUCACGUAGUGUUGUUAACGAUAAAGAAUACUCAGUACUGAGACCUGACGACGAAGCCAGAAUAUCUGCAGCGCGGCGUUUGCGUUUAGUUUUCGAAGAAGAUAAACCAAAAGAGUUUCCUGCAGCCGGGAGUAGUGCAAGCAAGUUACGAACAUUCGUUGCCACGGAAACGGGCGAUUGUAAGAAUAUCCAGAGCUUGUUUACUAAUAGGAAUUUGCGUGUGUUAUAUUUGAGUGGUUCAUCGAUUCAGAGGUUACCUGCUUCCAUUUCAAAAUUGAGAAAUCUAAGAUAUCUCAACCUCUCAAGAUGUCAGAAACUUGAUACGUUAAUAUUACAUGAUUGCUGUUCUCUUUCUGAACUUCCUGAAGACCUUGGAUUGAUGAAAAACUUGAGGCACCUGGAUGUUUCGUACACUGGAAUAGCAAAGUUUCCCGAGUCAGUUACUGAGCUUUGCGACUUGCAAACUUUGGAUGUCUCUCAUUGCAAAAAAUUUACAGAAUUGCCUGAAAACAUUGGCGCCUGGAAGCAGCUGCGAAGCCUUAAUAUUUCACAUACAGAGGUUAGUAAAUUACCUGUCUCUAUCACUGAUCUAUUUAAAUUGGAGAAGUUGAGACUGUAUUAUUGUCCCAAUCUUACUGCGUUACCGAGAGGAAUGGAGGGAUUGAGCCGUUUACAAAAGAUCGACACCUCUGGUACACAGAUCAAAGAAUAGGCAGAGUCUCUUUCUUGCAGCAUCGCGCACACGAGGGGAAAUUCAAAAAUUUCCAAGGCAAUAUAUAUUCCGGUUUUCUGUUUCCUUCUUUUGUACUUUCCUUUUUCUUUUCUUGUCUGUAUGCUUGUUUCUUUGAAAGUUUUUUGUUCUUUGUUUCGUUUCCUCUUUUCCAGAAAUAAAAUGUAAGUGUCAUUGUUUCUUUUAA